AAGGAUGAGAAUAAAGAAUUUCAGAUGUACAACUUACAAGAAAGAAAGGGUCAGACAUACCAAGAUCUUAGUGAGCCACAAGAUGAUGAUUACCUGUAUUGUGAAAAGUGUCAGAAGUUCUUCCUGAAAAGCUGUGCUGCUCAUGGACCCCCAGUAUUUCUAAAGGACAACCCAGUGGAUAAGGGACAUCCUAGUCGUGCUCUCCUCAGUGUGCCCACUGGGCUUAGAAUUGGCCCAUCCAGCAUUUCUAAGGCUGGGCUUGGAGUGUUUAAUGAAGCAUCUGAUCUACCACUGGGGUUGCACUUUGGUCCUUUUGAGGGCAAGAUCACAGAAGUGAAACAGGAAGCCAACAGAGGGUACAGCUGGCAGGUAAGAACCAAGAGGAGAAACAGCUAUGAGUACAUGGAUGGUAAGGAUACUUCUUUGGCCAAUUGGAUGAGGUAUGUGAACUGUGCCUGGAAUGAUGAGGAGCAGAAUUUGGUGGCCUUCCAAUACCAUAGACAGAUAUUUUACCACACCUGCCAAGUCAUCAAACCAGGCUGUGAGCUUCUAAUAUGGUAUGGGGAUGAGUAUGGCCAGAAGCUGGGUAUCAAAGGAAGCAACCUCGACCCUGAAUGGGCCAUAAACAUGAUUGAUCGUGAAUGGGAUGUAAACGCGAUUGUAAAUGGGCCGGGAUUGCAGGUACCCACUGCAACUGGUGUUGGCUAUGGCUACCAUGAAAAUCCCAGGGCCAUAUCAGAGGCUCUGAAGUUUGCAACACAUCUGAACUCAGGGCCAGCCUGUGCAAAGGUGGCAGCGGGCCAGGGGCUACCACCUCCCACUCCCCAGACCUGUAACCACCUGAGUAUUCGAGAUUGGGUGUCUACGUGCACCCCACAGAGAGCACCCAUGGCCAAACAAAGGUCUCAGUGGUGGUAG